GGGGCGGGUAAAUCUGAAAUCGCUGAUAAUAAUGGCUCAGGAGUCUCCGCGAAACGUUGUACAGGCCAAACCGAAGAAAGUGGAAAAUGGCUGUUUGCUUUGUGGUAGGGACUUCUAUCCAACCAAAUGUAAUAAGCAUCGACUCUAUCACGGACACAAGUCUGAAAACAAAGCGGAACAUACGGUUGUGUUGGAGGAAUUAGUUGGCAAACUUCAGGACACGACUCUGGCCGUCUGCGGCAUAUGCAGAACUCUCUUAUUAAGGUACGAUCGCGUGUCCAAAGACGCAGAGAGAAUACAAUGGCUUAUUAAGGAUACGUGGAAGAAGACGAGAGAGAAACGAUGUGCGGAGUCAACUCCUUCACUGGAAGUGAAGAGACGACGAGAACUGAUGGACACAGCAGCAUAUGAUGAAGACAACAACAUUGCAUCCAUCCCACUACAUUCCACUGACACCGCUGCAGCAGCAAAGGAGAAACUCAAAACUGCAUUAAAACCACUGCAGGCAAGGCUAAGAAUAUUUCAGGAGUUUCAAAAGACUUCACUUCAAACUGCAGAACAUAUUAAGUUUCAGGCUCAAUAUACAGAGAAAUGGAUCAAGGACGAGUUUGUGAAACUUCGCCAAAGUUUAUGCAAUGAAGAGGCGGCCAGGAAAAAUGCACUGAAAGAGGAAGAAGAGCAAAAGAGUCAGAUGAUGAGGAAGAAAAUUGAGGAGAUGAGCAGAGAGUUGUCAUCUCUUUCUGCCACAAUCACAGCUAUAGAGGAGGAGAUGAACGCUGAAGAUGCUUUAUUCCUACAAAACUAUGGGGCCACUAUGAAAAGAGUUUCCCAGUGUAGACUGCCGGAUCCAGGGAACAUUUCUGGAGUGCUGAUCAAUGUGCCAAAACACCUGAGUAACCUGAAGUACACUGUGUUACAGAAGAUGCAGAAAAGUGUUGAAUACACUCCUGUGACCUUUGACCCCAACACUGCUCACUGUAAUCUCAUCCUGUCUGAUGAUCUGACCAGUGUGACAUACAGCGAUGAGGAACAGACACUUCCUGAUAAUCCAGAGAGAUUCGACAUGUUUGCGUGUGUUCUUGGCUCAGAGGGCUUUGACUCGGGGUCUCACUGCUGGGAUGUUGAGGUUGGAGACAGUACGGGCUGGUUCCUCGGAGUGAUGAAUGAAUCCGCUCAAAGGAGGAAUAAAAUAUUCUCAAGGAGUGGAAUCUGGCUGGUGGGGCAUUUCUGUGGUGAAUAUAAAGCACAUCUACCACCACAAUCACCAACCCUCCUCCUGGUGAAAGAGAAACUGCAGAGGAUCAGAGUUCAUCUGGACUGGGACAGUGGAAAACUGUCAUUCUCCGACCCUCUUACUGACACACACAUAUACUCUUUUGCACACACAUUUACUGAAAGAUUAUUUCCAUUUUUCGGUGUUGGCUGUAAUAUUUCUCCUCUGCUCAUCUUACCAGUAAAUUUCUCAGUAAAAAAAGACUCACUUUAGAUCUUAGUUUUAUGUAAUGCCUAAUUUUAUUUUUAUUUUAUUUUUUCAUUUAAUUGACUGUGCUGAUGAUGAUGUAUGUCAUAUAUAAAUAAUUAUACUACGGGGCCGUUGAAUGCUUGAAUCUGAUUGGUUUAUGAACGUUCUAAGGUGUGCAAUUAAGAAGACGCACGGCUAAAGUAGUUCCAGGCAGGUCUUGACCGCAUUACAUGUGUAUAUCACUUUGCCAAAUGAUUUUAGUUAUUUCAAAGGUCUUGUCAGCCUAUAACAGCAAAAGAACCAAAAACUACAACGACACUAACCCAGCAAAUAAACACUGUAAACAAUAGGAUAAAAAUUACAAAUAAUUUCCAUGUUUUUUUUGCCACAUAAUCUCGUUUUAUUAUGCAUUUAUUAUUAUUUAUUAUGAAAAAGCACAUACUCCUGCUCUAUUCCUCUCAAACGCACACACAUUCAGUACGGACACACACUCGCACAGAAAUGUUGUCAGCGCUGCUCUGGCAAUUUUAUCAGUAAAAUAGUUUAACAACUUAAAAGUUGCAUGAUAUUUCUCACUAACGGUGUAAUAACGGCGCUAUUACACCGGCAUUGACAAAAACCUGACAAAUGUCUUGAAA